UCACUGUCACAUCAACUGUCAAAAUUUCACCCAAAAAAGAAAACAAUCAAAAUGAACCAAUAAUUGUCCCAUUUUAUUUUUUAACUGUUUACACCAAACUAACGAUGUAUUAUAAAACCCUUAUGAUAAUAUGGCUGGUGAUGAACGUGUGGGGCGAAACGGUGCGUGCUAGCGGUCUGAGCGACACACUGAAACCCAGCGGCACCUCGGCCCCUCCUGUUCAAAGAAGUUCCUCGUACGGCGACAAUUAUUUAUUCGCCGAAAGUCAAGUGCACGCCUUCGAUAGCUGUAGCUACGACGAUUUCGCAUGUCUGUCCAUGGCGGCCAGCGACAAACACGGACUAGAAGCAAUAGUCACUUUGCACAAACAGUUGGACGACGACGAAGAUGGUAACAUCGAUUAUGCAGAGUCCGAUGAUUUUCUCAAAGAAGAGCUGAAGUAUGCUUCGGGAGCCGAAAAGAGACAGAGGGCCUUCCACAAGAAUAACGAUAUGCAUAUCUCGGUUAAGGAAUUGUGGGAGGCCUGGCUGAAGUCCGAGGUGCACAAUUGGACUGUGGAGCAAACUACCGAUUGGUUGGUCAAUAAUGUGCAUUUGCCUCAAUAUGUGCCAAAUUUUGUACAGCAUAAGGUUAAGGGGGCCAAUUUGCCCAGAUUGGCGGUAAACAGCGCCAACUAUCUGAACUUCCUGGGCAUAAAAGAUCCGAUUCACAAGCACAAAAUCUCGCUCAAGGCCAUGGACGUGGUCCUGUUCGGACCGCCCAAAGAUGGAAUUACUUGGAAAGAUAUAACGUUAGUGCUGUCGGGCAUAGUGGUGCUCCUGGGCAGCUGGUUGGCCUACCAGCAAAACAAAAAGUUCAAAAACCACCUGAACCGCAUGAACCGGGACAUGGACAGUCUACAAAACUCCGAACAGGCCCUGGAAAAGUUGCAGAAGCAACUGGAGGAGGCGAAACAAGCGGAGGACGCCGCCAUAUCCGAGAAACGGAACCUGGAACGGAUGCUGCAAGACUCCAAAGGUGAUCUGAGCAGUUUGAGUUGCGAAACCGACAUCACCCAGUACAAAGAGGAAAUUAAGUCUCUCAAGGCUCAGUUGGAACUUACCCAGGCCGCUUUUAAAAACUCUUGCUACAUGGCCCCGAUUAAUUUACAACCAUUGCUGCAAAUGACUUACGAGCUGGAACAGAAGAAUUACGAGAAGAAGAAGAUCGCAGCCGAAAAGCAACUGCAGCAAGCUAGAGAAGCUUGUGAAAAACUAAGAAAAAAACGCUCGAGCUUGAUCGGGGCGUUCGUGUCGACCCACGGUAAAGCCAUAGACGACGUGGACCGGGCCAUUGUCGAGGCCCGCAGUGCCCUAAACGAGGUCACCUACGAGCUACAAGAAAAAUCCCACAGGUGGAGACAAAUCGAACUUUUAUGCGGUUUUCCUAUCAGCAACAAUCCGGGAUUGCAGACAUUGGAAAAUGAACUUUACAAGAAGCAAAACAGGCUUGCAUUGAACGGAUUAGGAGUUCGUAUGAACAGCGUGGACGAUUUGGAUAUGAACGAUGACACCGGCUCGGUAUACGGAUUAGGCUCUACGUCGUAUACGGAAGUGCACCAUCACAUGACUUCCUUGAACGAAGACGAGACGUCCGGUAGCGACCACGAGAAACAAGACGAGAACGCCAACGAUUCGAAGGUUGCCGAUAACGGCGGCGGACAUUUUUCCUUUCAAAUUGGCGGAACUUCCUACCCGGAGGAGUUGAUAUACAGAUCGAACCCGAACCUGACCCACACAAAAUCGGCGAGUCAAUCGAGUAUCCACGUGAAACCUCCUCCUCUACCUCCCCCGACGAUUCCGCAAAAGACAAUCACGCGAUCGUUAACCCAAGAAAUGCACGUGGAAGAACUACCGAAAGCAACGAAAAGUUCCUCGUGCGAGGGCAAUUUGGAGACGCGAGGUCGCCCGCUGAACCUCCAAGAGGUCCCGGAGGUGCCCAAGAAGGCCCUAAUAGAGGACGACGUGUGCUCGACCGAUUCCUCCUUGAUCGAAGAGGGCGAUGGAAAAAAGAAGAAGAGGAAGCUGUUUAAUUUUAGUAAGAAAAGUAAGAAGUCAUGAGCCUUCAUAUUAUUCCUUUUGAUAACAAUAAUUACGAUGAAUCUUAAUUUUAUUAUUUUUGAUAGAGGCGAGUCGGGUCGUAUUUUCAGGAAAAGUGCCUUCCUGACAAUGCGACCAAACUAUAUUGAGUCUAUUUUCUCAGGUGCUAUUUAUGACAAGACAUCAUGUAUUGGAAAAUUAUUAUUAUUAUUAUUCGUUUAACUUUGUAUUAAACGAGAAAUGUUUUAUUGACCCCCCAGUAAGUAGCUUUUAUUUUGCUUGAAUUAAUAUAAUUGAAUCGCGCUUAGUAGUAAUUUUAUUGAGGGCCACAGGGUGUAAAGGGAUUAUGAAACAAUCUUUUACACCCUGUAUACUUGAAGGGUAAUUAUUAAUCUUGUAAAGGGCUUUAGUUAAAUUAACCCCCAACAACAAAAAAAAAAACAACGACUGAUUAUCAAAACGUACUUAUGAAUAUCUAGGGCAAUUGAUUUAAAUUAGGUGGAAUGUUGACCCUGUUUUACUCCUUUGUACUUAAUAAUAGUGCAUUUAUUUACGGUCAGUUUUAAUGCCCUGCACAAUUUUAUUUCGGUUUUUUGUUAAAUGUCCUUUAUACUAUUAUAUUGUGAUACUAGUUUCCUAGUUUGUAACCAAACUACUACAUUUUGAGAUGUAAAAAGUUGAUCCUGAAUUGUUGGUAUAUACAAUAAAAUAAAGUACUUAGAAAGAGGACACAA